AUGGCGACUAUGGAACACGAACCCGAUGGCUCUGAGAUAGACCCUAUCUGGACUACGAGCCGCACCGCUCGGCAGAUCUAUGCGCUGGGGGAAGUGGAUAAGGAUAUAACGCGACUUCUGGCAUUAGCUGCAUCCUCCAUCUCACUGUUGACGCUCCCGCAGACGGAUUCGCCGGAGGACAACCUACCGCAGGGCGAGGAGAGAUCUGAGCAGUUUGUUUUGGAAGUCAGCGAGUACUUUGAGCGCCUCGAUUCUAUCCAAGUUGCAAUUCGCUCGUCUCUGGCUCAUAUCAGACAUUCUCGCAUCGCACCGUCAGCUAUCAACGCGCCCCCGCCGGGCUCAGUCCCUCCUUCACUAGGAGUUGGACUGCCUUCAGAUGGUAGCACGACAGCACGGAACCGGGGCCUUCAGGAAGAAAGGCUUGAGCGAGACGCCUGGAAGGGUAUCCUUGCUGCCUUGACGCGUAUCAAGGAGGCACAAGAGUCGAAGAUGAAGGUGGACUCGGAAAAUCCCAGCGUGUCGAGAUGA